AUGAUGGCUGUUACAGUAUCAGGAAAUACCGGACAGUCAACCGCUGAAAGACUGCAAUGUGAGUUUUUUCUCGUGAAAAAGAAGCGACAGUGCGGAAUGACAAGACGAGCUGGUUCCCAGUUCUGUUCAGAACACUCUACUGAUAGCGACAGAGUUCCUUGUCCAUUGGACCCUUCUCAUACUGUGUGCUUGAGUAAGAUGCGUGUGCAUAUGAGGAAAUGCAAUAAAUUUAGACAUGAUGUUUCAUAUCAAGCAAAACAGCGCGAAAUUCCAUGGUUUAAAGAAGGACUUAAUUCCAUCAGUAACGGGAAGUCAGACAGUAAGCCGGCAGAUGAGACACUAGUUAAGUCAGUGAGUUUGAUUCAGAAGAUAUUUCAAAAUGAAUUUGGUGACGAACCUCCGUUGCCAUUAAUCGAGAAACAAAACGAACUCUUGGAACGUACGGAACGGUACAAGACUUUGGUUAAUAGGAAACAUGCAAGACAACAAUCAUCGUUGAUUCAACAUCUUAAAGAGUCCAAACUAUGGCCAAGUUUAGAAUCAUGUGCAGUGAACAAGACACUGGAAUACAUUGAACUUGGUUGUGGGAGAGCUGAAUUUUCAAGGUACGUUAAUAUCGCUACAAAUCUGGACCAAAAGGAGCAUUCUCAUGAAAAGCCAGAGUACAAAGCCGUCGCACCCUCCUUCACCCUCAUUGACAGAGCCUCUCAAAGGUUACGUUUUGAUAAUAAGUUCAGUUCUGACAUCGGAACCGAAGUUCAAAUCAGACGUGAGAAGAUCGAUAUUAAGGAUCUUAGAUUGGAUGCAGUACUCCACGAUGCAUCUCAAUACGUGGCUAUCUCAAAACAUCUAUGCGGUGUGGCCACAGAUUUAUCGCUAAGAUGCCUUUUGAACAGCGAUAAAUGCAAGGCAAACCUUAGAGGAAUACUUAUUGCAAUGUGUUGUAGACACGUAUGUCAAUCUUCUGAGUAUGUGAAUCAAGAGUAUAUCAAAGGUUUACUGAAAAGACAGACCGAUGGUUCGAUGGCGUAUUCGGAAUUCUUCCAAUGCUUAAAGAAAUUCUGUUCCUAUUGUACGUGCGGAUUGAGACCAGAUAUGGACCCCAACAGUGGUUCGGAGGACCAUAUAACGAAAUUGACGCACAACGAGAGGCAACGCAUUGGACACAUGGCAAGGAGGAUCAUAGAUGAAGGAAGAGCCCAGUUUCUACAAUCAAAAGGCUUCGAAACAGUUUUGUUCAAGUACACAGACAGCGCUGUCACUUUGGAGGACACUGCGCUAUUGGCAUUGAGGAAGCAUGAUUAA